GUAUUGAAACGCAUCACGAGGCCAACACGUCAUCCUAAACAGGAUUCGGUGUUUUUAGCUAGUUCGCUCUAGCAAAGAUGGUUGACACAGGAAGGAGUCCCUAACACGACAACAUUUAGGAGCUGGUAACGUUUUAUACUCAGCACGGGUGGUUUUCGUGUCCUUAAUAGACAGCGUCGACUUUUCUAAAAUGGGUGACGAAGACUUGCCUCACCGGUUGAACAAGGCGUCCCUCAAAAACCAGGAUCUAGGUUACUUCAGCCUAACUGUAGGAGAGUUUCUGUCCCAGUAUGGGUGGUACUGGCUGGCUGUGACUGUGCUGGCCUACGUGCUCGUCCAGCACCUGAACAAGAGGAGGUCCAGCCAGAGAGAGCACAACGCAUCCCAACAAACACAGCAAGAUGCUGCACUCAUUGCGAGAAAUCAAGGGGCCAUGGAAGCAGCUCGGAGGAAGAUGCAAGAGGAGCUUGAUGCCAAAGCAGCUGUCUUCAAGGAGAAACAGAAACAGGAAGAAGAAGAGAAGAGGAGACAGAAAGUGGACAUGUGGGACAGUAUGCAACAGGGAAAAAGUUACAGAGGAACAGCAAAACUUUCUCAAACAACUGAAGAGGCGAGCUCGUCGACAGCAGUGCUGAAAUCAAAGACGGGCAAGAAGCCACUUCGCAGUCCAGACUACAAUCCCCUGAGUGGGCAGGGAGGAGGCUCCUGCUCCUGGAGACCUGGCAGGAGAGGACCAUCAUCAGGUGGAUGAGGUUAAAGAAGGUCAGAGACAUUGGUCCGUGUGACCUUUGACCUCUGACAUCUUAAUGUGCACACUGACUGAUGGAACCAAGCUGACAGUGUCACCAAUGCCACUCUUAAUCAAUAUUUUGUUGCUCUAUAUUUCUGCUGGGUGUCAUUUAGCAUCAUCAGUAGCAUAUACCUGCUAUCCUGCUUGAUUUUCUCUGUGCUGCUGCCACGUUAAGCAUCUCAGAUAAUGUGAUUAUCAUAAGUCAUGUUAUUAUGAGGUACAUUUGUUUUGGCAUUGGAAGCUUGUAAUGAAGUCAUUUCUGUAAAUGGUGUGUAACCUGCGGAUUUGGCUGAUGAAUUUCACAGUCAGUGUGUUUUUAUUUCUCAUUUAGUCUGUUAUUACAGCAGCUGUAGCUGGUGGACAUAUGGUUUAUUACAAGAAAUGGUACAUUCUGGUUAUAUAGUUGCAAACUUUUUGAUUUAUCAAAAUGAAUCUACUGAUGUAGUGUCUCUACUGUCACACACAUUUUUAUGCAAUAAAGAGAUGGUCAGCAGGA